AGAAUGCGUAGCCAUUGUUGGUGCUGCGAUCGUUAGUUUCUAGAUCCGAGAUCGUCAUGGGCACGGAAAGCCAUCCGAUUGUACGAGACUCCAGAAAAAUGUCGGUGGAGCUCGGCACGGGGCACUGAUACGAUAUUAGUGCGAGAGAUCGACGUCCGCAUUCGUAAGUGUGGAACUAGUUGGUCGGGCCGCGUCCGCGUUCGUCGCGUAUGCGAACCGAGCGCUCGCAGGAGUGAGAGUGAGUGAGUGAGUGAUACGGCGGGGCACACUCGGCGGCGGCCAUAACACCGACCAACCAAACUAGCGAGCAGGGAGAAAGCGUAGUGCUGAGUCGAGUGUCCAAGACGUAGUGGUAGUGUUUUUCGAUAGAAUUCCUGUGGAAAGUGGACUUCCAUUGAUCAGAUGUUGCUAAUGUCGCGAGUCUUGGCUGGAGGUACGGAGUCUCACAGCAGUGUACAGGGCUGACAUUCAAAGUACUACCGUUCGGUAGGCUUGAGUAGUGUUAUGCCUCCACGGCACCAAUCUCCCUGGUUGCAGCGCAAUCAUCUUGGCAAGCAAUUAGUGAGCUACCAUGCUCGAUUCAGAAUAUAUCCUUGCCAUCUCAAUUGUUGAUGAAGCCUCAUAGCGUCAAGCAUCAACGUAAGGCAGUUACCUGCUGCAUAGCAUUUAUGUACCAUAUAUGUCGGAAAGAAACGAAGCCAAGAUGCAGCAGGUGGACACUAUCUCGCAAAAUAAUUCGUUAGAUGUGGAGGAGCGAGAAAGGCUGUGUAAUAUACCGAAGACAAGUGCACCUGGUAAGACAUCGACUACACCAGCAGUUCCUGCGAAGGAACCACCACCACGUGAUGAACCACCCGUGGAGCCGGUGAACGGUGUAGUCCAACCACCUGUUGUGCCACCUCCUAAUCGCCCAGGGCGUGUUACCAAUCAACUACAAUUUCUCCAAAAGGGUGUGCUCAAGCCAGUAUGGAAACAUCAGUUUGCGUGGCCUUUUCAGCAACCUGUAGAUGCCAAGAAACUCAAUUUACCAGAUUACCACAAAAUUAUAAAGCAACCAAUGGAUCUCGGCACAAUCAAAAAAAGAUUAGAGAAUACGUAUUAUUGGAGCGGGAAAGAAUGUAUUCAAGAUUUCAAUACAAUGUUCACCAAUUGUUACGUUUACAACAAACCCGGGGAAGAUGUUGUGGUUAUGGCACAAGCCCUCGAAAAAUUGUUUCUUACAAAGGUUGCUCAAAUGCCAAAGGACGAGGUAGAACUCGAAGUUCCUGUUUCAAAGGGACCCAAAGGCAAAAAAGCAGGCAGAGUUGGAGCACUAGUAGGUGGAGUAGCAGGGGGUACAGGAGGCACAGGUCGAGGUAGACCUUCAUCUGGUGCAGCUGCAGUCACUUCCAGUGUACCAAAUAGCCUAACGCCUUCAGCUACGUCUGCUGGAACAACGGGUGUUAUUCCCAUGCCUCCUCUUGGCACCCAAGCACCUGCAUCUGUACCUGGGAGCACUAACACUACUACUAUUGCUCCUCCAUCAAGCAUGGGAGUCACUCCCAUGGCUACACACAAUUCUCUGCCUCAACAAGUGGUCCCUCCAACUACCGGUUACCAUGCACAACCAGCAAUGGAUCCACAAGCAGCUUCUGCUGUACCCCCUCCUCCGCAAGUUCCCACUGCACCCACAGUAAUGCCUCCAUCACAACCUGCAAAACUUAAAAAGGGAGUGAAGAGAAAGGCUGAUACUACAACUCCUACUGCAAAUUCUUUUGAACCUUUAUAUAAACUGGACCCCAAAAAUGCCAAAUUACCCACGAGACGAGAAUCUGGCAGACAAAUAAAAAAGCCAACGAGGCAAGCGGAAGACGGCUUAGUGCCAUUCCAGGCCAACAUGCCCCUGAUUGGGGCAAUGGCCCAACAGCCUCAACAUACCACUGGAAAGUCGAAAGAAAAACUUUCAGAAGCUUUAAAGUCCUGCAAUGAAAUUUUGAAGGAAUUGUUUUCAAAGAAACAUUCGGGUUAUGCAUGGCCCUUUUACAAACCAGUUGAUGCAGAACUCUUAGGUCUUCACGAUUAUCACGACAUAAUCAAGAAACCAAUGGAUCUUGGUACUGUAAAGACAAAAAUGGACAACCGUGAAUAUAAAACAGCACAAGAGUUUGCUGGUGAUGUACGACUCAUAUUUACCAAUUGUUAUAAAUAUAAUCCUCCUGACCAUGACGUGGUUGCUAUGGCUAGAAAACUUCAAGAUGUGUUUGAAAUGAGGUAUGCAAAAAUUCCGGAUGAACCAAUGGGAGGCAUGGUUGGCAUAAAAGGUAGCAGUACUAGUGGCAGUAGUUCAGGAUCUGAAAGUUCUUCUGAAAGCGACGAUUCUGACGAAGAACGUACCCAAAAAUUGGUUGCUUUACAGCAAGAGCUGAAGGUUAUGCAGGAGCAAAUGAGGAAAUUGGUAGAAGAAAGUGGUAAAAAGAAAAGUAAAAAGAAGAAACCUGACAAGUCGAAAUCAAGGCCAAUGAGCAAUAAGAGUAGUAGCCUUGUUGCCAGUCAUACUGGUGCCAUGAAAGAACUAAUGAAACCUAGUGGUGGGAUUCCAAGUGUCUCUGAUAGUGUUGGUGCUAGUAUAGCUAGUGUUGCAAUGGGAGCAGGUGAUUUGAAAAUGCCUGGUGUUAUGGGUGGUGAUCUUCAUCAUCCGGCUAUAACAGUUGGACCUAAUAAAACUCAUGCAACAGGAAGUAUGAGUCAUCACCUGCCAGCGGCGACGAAUGCUAAGCCAAAGGGGAAAGGAGGAAGAGGACCUGGGAAAGCUACAACAGCAAAUGCCGCAAACAAGAGGCCAAAAGCGAAUAGCAGAUCAGCUGGAACUAAAAAGAAGAGUGCCAGUAGUCAACCACCUCCGAUAACAUUUGAUUCAGAGGAUGAAGAUAAUGCUAAACCAAUGUCUUACGAUGAGAAGAGGCAACUUAGUUUGGAUAUUAAUAAACUACCUGGAGAUAAAUUAGGACGAGUCGUACACAUAAUACAAUCUCGAGAGCCUUCGUUGAGGGACUCAAAUCCGGAUGAGAUUGAAAUCGACUUCGAAACACUAAAACCAUCCACGUUGAGGGAAUUAGAGAGUUACGUCGCCUCGUGUCUCAGAAAAAAGCCACAUAAGAAAGUUAGUGGUAAAUCCAAGGACGAACAAAUGGCGGAGAAAAAACAGGAAUUAGAAAAAAGGUUACAGGAUGUUACGGGGCAAUUAGGCAAUGUUAAGAAAACAGCAAAGAAAGAGGACAGUAGUAAAUCAGUUGAUGUAGUUGGUACUGGAGGAGCUAGUGGGCCUUCGCGAUUGUCAGCAUCAAGCAGUAGUAGCAGCGAUAGCGACUCCAGCAGUAGUUCACUUUCUUCGAGCUCCAGUGAUUCAAGCGACAGUGAAGCAGGAAACUCUACCAAUCGUCCUCCAAGAAAGAAAACAAAGAAGAAUACACCAAGUACAGGAGCACCUCCGACAACAACUACUGUUACUUCGGCACCUACAUUGAAUCAUACCGGAGGUCUUUUAAUGAACAGUCAACCUCCAACAAAUUCUACGGGACCAAUAGUAAAGCCAGCUGUAACUCAGUCUAGCAAUAUAUCUUCAGAACAAGGUGGUAAUAGUCAACAAUCUGUGGCAGUAGCAGCUGUUACAGCUGGUCAAGGAAUGCCUGUAGCAAGUCACACGUCUAUGCCAGCGCAACCAUCGCGACCUACGGCUAUGGCUACGGCUGCUCCUGUAAAAAAGCCUACACCACCACCACCUACUACAUCUAAUCCACCAACACCGUCAGUGUCUGUACCAACUCCACCACCAAGUGUUACACCUACAAACACAAACUCUAUGGUAGCUUCACCGGUUGUGCCUCAACCACCACAGCCACCCACAUCCGUUAGUUCCUUUUCAAAUGCAAACACGCCUGUACCUACAGAUGGGACAACUUUAACUCAGCAAUCAGAUCUUUUACAACCAUAUAAUACUCUAGCCCUUGUGCCUACUACGCAAUCAUCGUUGGAACAAACGAUGUCCGUAAAAAAAGAAUCGCACAUACCAAUGAUUCAAGCACCACACACAACAACCAAUAAUACCAAUUUGAAUUUACUGUCGGAUGUAAAAGCUCCCGUGAAUAUGAUGCCGUCAGGUAUGGCGUCCAACUUAAAUUUGGGAAACAUAACUAUGGCCAAUCUCAAUAUGAAUUUACCACAAGGAUUGGCAACGCAUAUAUCGAUGCACAGUCAGUUGGAGAACAUGAUAAACACUACUUCGCAAUUGACGAGUAUACAAAAUUCGCAUAAUGCUACAAUGUCGCAACAGCAUUCCAACGGAUUCUCUAAUAUCAAGCGCGAGAAUUCUCCACCUAAUAUGUUCAAUAAUAAUGGCAUGCCUGGACUUAACAUGGGAAUAAAUAUGGGAGGAAUGGGUUCAAUUUUUGAUCCCCUACCUAUCGUCUCUAUGCCAAUGCAAAUAUCUCAAAUGCCAAUAAAGAAAGAAGAGAAACCACUAUCUAUUUCGCAAUCACAAAUGGAUCAAAAGCCCAUGGAUGCCGGAGCUCUUUUUGCAGAAAUGAGUACACUGGGAAUGCCACCAAUGGGGAAUCAUUCAAGUUCGCAGCUUAUGUCUGAAAAAAAGAUGACGCCGCCAGACUCGAAAAAUCCCGCGUCGAAUUUUGCAUCAGCCUUCAAAAAUAAGACUGUAGAACAAAAUGUAAAAAAUGCCUCAUCGUGGUCGUCCCUGGCUCAAGCAUCGAGUCCCCAAUCUGCAGCAGGUUGUAGUAUGAAGAGUGCUGCUCGUGAUUCGUUUCAAGCAUUCAAAAAACAGGCGAAGGAGAAACAAGAUAGGCAAAGAGCUCUGUUGGAACAACAAGAAAUGCGUAGACAACAGAAAGAACAGGCGGAAAGGGAGCGUUUGCGACAGGAGAGCGAAAGAAGAAGAGAGCGGGAAGAGGAGGACGCGUUGGACAAAGUCAGGAAAACGUCGCAUGUCGGUGAUCAGCAAGGGAAUGUCUUGACUCCUACAUCGAGGACAGAAGAAGUUAAGGCCAUUGUCGAUACCGACAGCAGUAGUCCAAGUCAUUCAUCCAGUCAAGACAAGGCUGCAGCCGAAAGGGAACGUCAGAGGUUACGGGAGCAAGAACGACGGCGUCGCGAAGCGAUGGCUGGGCGAAUAGACAUGAACAUGCAAAGAGAUUUGAUGGACGCGUUUGAGGAAUCGUUAUAAUGUUAUUUGCUGCUCUUUAUAAAUCCACUGAAACCGGGCAGGACUUGGAUGAAUGUUUGGCGCUGGACGGUACCACAGAAACGUAUUAAUAUAUACGUCAGUCAAUAACAAACAAUGAUAAAUGAUAAUGAUAAUAAAAGUAACGGUAAACCGGAUAAACAGUCGGUGUGACAAGGAGAAAACUAACUGGUGGUGCGGGUUGGGACAUUCCAACGGAAAUAUCCUAAUUUCAUUGUCCGUGAGUUCGGACUUCAAAGAGACAGUUUAACAAAUAACUCAGAACUGAUUGUGUGUAAUCGACGGACACCUAAGUGUGACCAUGUAAUUAGAUAAAUACUUACACGACAUUUUGAAAAUGCUACACUGACUAUUGUGUUAACAUUUUUCCGGUUUUCAUAAGUUUGUACUUUAUGUAAAUUUGGAAACAAAACAAAAAAUAUUACGCAGAAGAUAAGUGAAAGAAAGAAAGGAAGCGAGAGUGUCGCGUGUGAUCAGUGAAUGUGUGAUAAUGAAAGAGAGCGUGGGGGAGUGUAAAAGUUGUGUACAUUUAGUUAAGUUUUAUAUUUUUCCACAUUCAGUCAUUAAUCGUUGGUAGGAUUACAUAAACAGUGUUUCUGCCAAUAAUAUAUAUAAUUAUUAGGUAUUACUAAUAAUUUCAUUGCAGAUUUUUUUCUCGAUUAUGAAUAUACGCUAUUUGUAAUCACGAAAUAGGUAGGCUUGUUAAGUCAAUAAUAUAGACAAAUAUACCUAAUGCAAACAUACACAUUGGUGAAUUUAAUCGUAAUGAUCAUCACGAUAGCCCGUAUGACUGUUAGUUAUCAGAUUUGUGGGGUCGCAGACGUAACGAUUUAUUGCACGAUAAAUUGUACAAUCUGUUUUAUAUCAUUGUUGAGACGAUGAUUUUAAAGUGGAUAAGAUUGUUGUACAACAUCUCGUACGACAGUAUGGCGCUGCUCGUUGUAACUCUGGUAAUUAUUAGCGACUAAAAUUAUACAACGCUAAACAUUUAUAGUUUCGUCAAAAUCUUCGAAUUUCGCCUUUUUGUGGCUCUUAGGUGUUGGAGAACGUUGACGAUGUUUAAAACCAAUAAUUGGUUCGAUAAACUGAGCAUUUGGAUACUUUUGCUGUUACCGCUCAAUUAUUAAUGAUAUCAAAUGAAGAUAGUUAUCAAAAGUUUUACAUGAUGUUGGUUUAUCUCGAGAGAUUGUCUUUGUUAGAUGAAACUUCGGUAACUCCGUGAUCAAAAGUACUAAGCUCUGCUGGAGUAACUUGUGUCGACAUAGAAUGAUUAUCUAAACCACAUGGUGGUCCUGGCGGACUUAUUGGAGACGACGGUUCAUAUUCUACCUUCAUAUCAGCUCUAUCGAGAGUAGGUAGGACGUCGUCGAUGCGCCUCACACAAGUAAUCAUCCUUGUACGGAAAAGAGAAAAGUACCAAAUAAAAUGAAUGAUUCGCAUAGCGUGCUGCAUAGCGCACCGAGGAUGGAAUAUCAUUAAAUUCAAGAUUUUUAAUAUCGUACACCUGGACUGCCAUUAUUCGCAAAUAACGAAUGUUACUUUAUAAUAUGUGAGUCAGUUUGUCUAAGAUAUGAGUCUUAGCGGGUCUGCUAUCAGGAUCCCUUGAGAAACUUCGUGUACUUGAUGUGUACGACCAAUCGUACGGCUUAUCGCGACGUCUGUGACCUUUCUUAGGAGUCAGAUUGGGCAAAUCGGUUGAUUUGAAAAAUAUUUGUAAACACACCUUAGAACAAAGUCGUCAAUUAUUACGAGUAAAGGUGAGGUGAUUGUAGAAUGAUGUAGUUUCGAUCCUACCAACCAUUAGAUCAGAUCAGACAUACGUACCUAAUUCUUGGUAUGCUUUUGGAUCGUGGAAAAGAAAAACGUGACAUGAUAUCGGCCCGUAAAAUUAUCUAGAAGAGGAUUAUAUUUACUUAUUCGAUAAAGUGAGUUAGCAAAAAAGGGAUCCAUUAAGGAAGUACUAAAGCAUUGGAGGAACAUUAUUAAAAUAUAAAUUUCAAGACGUCACAUGUGGUGUACAAUAAGCGUGCAAUUUUACACAAAUUAAAUCGUUUCCGUAUCGGUGUAGAAUUAUUACGCGAGCAUUAAAGUGCACCUUGAAUAUAUAAAAAAAAAAAAAGAUUCAAUCGGCUAAAAAAAAGUACAAAAAAUGAUAUUUUAUUGUAAAAAAAAAACAAAUGCUAAUUAAAAUUUGAAUUUAUUAUGUAUUAUUAUAUUGCGGUUAAUUUUGAAAAAAAAAAGUAUUUCAAAUUUGUAGAAAUUACAGUAGUGGUUAUAGGCGACACAGACAUUGCUGGUGACGAGAGUUACUCAGUGAGGUAUAUUAUAGUAAUUAAUAUUGUAAUUAUUAAAUUAUUUCGUUAAAUGCAACUUUAUUUUUCUAAAAAGCCACUACAGAAACUUGCAUGAUGUCUUUCUUUAUCGUAGCGUAACGAACGUCAGUUUUGUUCAGGGAAAUAAAGGAACGCGCCAAAGCUGGGCGCAAGAAUAAUUUAUGGCAUUGAGAUAGGUUCGAUCACAUUUUUGCCUCAUUCAAAAGUAAUACACGAGUCACAAAAUAUUAUAUGUUCCUUUCUACGUGAUACUAGAUCAAAUGAUUUACAACUGCCGACACGAUGCUGAUGCGUUGAAUAAUAUUUGGAAAAUGUAUACGUAAUUUGGGUACACUAUGUGCGUAUGAUCAUCGAACCGAAUUUGUUUUCGUCGUACAGGAUCGAUGUUUUAGCUUCGCCGGAAAAGACACGAAGCGUGUGCGAUAUUGAUGAUAGAUUGUAAAUGCAUAGCGGUUAAUUUUAUUUAUUCUGCGUUUAUUUUUCUCAACCCGAUCUAUCACGACGAUAUCGUACCCCUUGGCUUCGAAGUGAAAUAUCAUCGCGAGAUUUGCCCUUCUUUCCCGCCGUUGUUCGAUGUAAAUAUCUUCACAAAA